GCGGGAGGCGAUGGCGGACCCGGGGGAAGAGGCCCGGGAGGAGCUCGGGGCCGCCGCCGACCAGGAGCCGCCGCCCGCGGCCUCGUCCCCCUCGGGGGAUGGCGGAGCGGCGGAGGAGGAGCCGGCGGCCGCGGAGGCGGCAGGCGAGGGCGAGGCGGGAGAGGCUGGCGGGGGCGGCGAGCCCAAGGCGGAGGCGCCGGACGGGGAGGUGAGGAACGCGGAGGGGGAGGCCGUGGACGGGGAGGACCCCAACCUGCAGCCGUCCGCGGCCAAGAAGGUGAAGCUGGAGCUGAAGGAGCGGAAGGAGAAGAAGCACAAAGUGGACGAGGACGAGAUCCAGAAGAUGCAAAUACUGGUCUCUUCCUUUUCUGAAGAACAGUUGAAUCGUUAUGAGAUGUAUCGCCGGUCUGCUUUCCCCAAAGCUGCUAUUAAACGGCUGAUCCAGUCCAUCACCGGCACCUCCGUCUCUCAGAAUGUGGUUAUUGCCAUGUCUGGCAUUUCCAAGGUCUUUGUUGGGGAGGUGGUGGAGGAAGCGCUGGAUGUGUGUGAGAAGUGGGGGGAACUGCCGCCUCUGCAGCCCAAACACAUGCGAGAGGCAGUCAGGAGGCUCAAGUCCCGAGGACAGAUCCCCAAUUCCAAAUAUAAGAAGAUCAUCUUCCACUGAAGCAUCCCAAGAGAAGACAAGUUAAAACAAGGUUUCGGUUGUAAACCUCACAACAGUGACAGCAAAGCUACGAGGCUGAAGCUCCUGGGGGAGUGUUGUGUGCAGCCUUAGUGGCUGCAGGGAGGUCUCCUGCUGUCGCUGCUGAAGCCUGGCUGGUCAGUGCUGCGCAGAAGCGGGCAGGAGCCAAAUCCCUGAGGCAGAGCCUUGGGCUCCUCCACUUCAACAGCACAGGGACAGUGAUGUUCAAAGGCUUCAGUGUAUUCACCCACCAGCAUCAUACUUUCUGCUGGUGGUGUCUGUGUACAGUAGUGUGUCUUUUUUUGUACAUUAAACUUGUUAUUGUAUUCUUAGUCUUGCUGGGAAAUGCUAAUUGUGUAAUUGUGUGUGAUUCAGAGCAGGGGGAACGUAACACGAUGAUCUGUCUCAACCAACCCCGACAUGUUCCUGAAGCUUUGCCUUGCCUCAGGCAUGUUUUGUUCCAUUAGCAUAAGGAAGGAAACUUGCUGAAAGCUGAUGGGCUGAAGUCAUCGCUCAGCUGGUCUUCCCAAAGGCAGUUUUAUGGAGCUGUCUAGAAAACAGGACAAUUGGGAAGGGAAAGGGGAGGAAAAAAAAAACCACCCACAAGCCUGUAAGGAG